CGUGCUUUAUCUAAAUAUGGUGUGAAACCUCUUCCACGUAAACGUGCUAUACUACUCUUAAAAGAAAUCUAUAAUCAACUUCAUCAAUAUGAAGAAGAUGAACAGAAUCAAUUGAUGUCUAACAAACGAAUUGGAUCAGUGAAGUACAAUAAUAAUAGACAAUUACAAGAAAACUGUAUAGAUAAAGAAAAGAAAUGUAAUAAUAGAUUAGAUAGAUCUAAAAAGAUGAUAUUAAAUGUUUCAAAUAAUGUAAAUAAUGUAUCAUUAUUACCCAUACGUUGUAAAAAUGAUACUGAUAAUAGUAAUAAUAAUAAUAAUAAUAAUGGUGAUAGUGAUAGUAUUGUUCAACAAGAAUUGUUAUUAUCAACUUCAACUCUUUCAAAUGAAUUACAAAACUUAUUGAAUUCUGAAGUGAUUUCAUCUGAUGAACUCUCUCAUUCAAAUAGUCAAGAUUUGAAAAAACUAAGUCGAAAACAAGUCAAUAAAAUCAAGGGUAAUAUAAAUCAAAUUGUAUUACAUUAUUUAAAGAAUAAUCCCAAUCUAUACAUGAAUAUUUUAACUUAUACGCCAUUAGAAUUCGAUGUUGUACAUAAUAUGCUUAAAUCUGAUGGUAUCAUAAUUGGACAACAAAAACUGAUGGAUCUUUUCGAUGAUCAGUGUAUUACAUUCACAUUACGUAAUCGUAUCAAAAACCACAAUAAAUACAAUGGUUCAGUGUCUAAGAAAUGAAUUAGCUCUAACAGAAAUAUUAUACAGUAUGAUCUAUUAUACAUAUUGUGCCAUAAACAUAAUGUCUUUCAUCUUAUUAUUCCAUUAACAUUCAUUUCCCAUAAUCUAUCCUUUAUAUUAAACUUCUCAUUGAAUUAUAAUGUACAAAAUAUUCAUCAACUGUGCAGAAGUAAAAUGAAGUUAUAUUUUAUAAAAUACCACAUACAAUUUAUAAGUUUAUAAAUAUAGGCUGUAUUUCAACAUAA